GAGCGCUUCCUUCCCUCUUUUCGCUCUUGAAAGAACCUUAAUUUACUUAAUUCUUUUAGAUAUUCCUCGAUGCUGACCUCAAGGAACUUGGCUGGCUUUGGGCUGCGGAAGAGAAAAAAAAUAAACCUUUCCCAAACUUUCAGAUUUUUUUUUCUUAAUAUUACUGCUAUUGCUAUUAUUACAACUCUUGUGACUGCUCUAUUAACUACUGGCAGUGUUAAUCAGCCACACUUGGGGAUUCUAAAAUUAUAGAUGUUUUGGGAUUCGUGGUUUGGGGAGGAAAAAUAGGGGAACAUAGGAAUCAGGACGACUGGGAUCUUUUUGGUCACUAACUAGAUGUGUGACCCAAGGCAGGCCCCUGUGAGCCCCUAGGCCUCAGUUUCCCCUCUUUACAAGAAAGGGGACAGAACCAUCUCAGAGUCUUUGCUGCGCUGAAAUUCUAAGUUUUUGUGGUUGCCCGGUGAUGCGAUGCCCCCUAGUGUGACUUCCACGUGUUCUUGUUCUUGCUUGCAGAGUUAUUUAUCUAAGGUGACUGGCUGCAAGAUACCGUCAUAGUUUGCUGGUCCCAUCAGGGCAGGCGGCCAUCAGCAAAGGGCCUGUCUCUGAGCGUGUCUUGGGAGAACAGAGCCUACAAUUUCAGAGCCAGAGGGUACCAGAGCGCGCUGGGGAAAUGGCUUACAAGAUGUGCACAGGUGCAGUUGGGUUGGGAGGACCCAGCAUCUUCCAGGACAGAAAGAGGAGGCACAUGGUAUGGAGUUAAAUCAGUCUUAAGAUUCCCCGGGGCACAUGCCUGGACAGGCAGCUGGUGCUGAGAUGAGACCAUGGCUCCUUGGCCUGAGGUGGAAAAUGCCCAGCCCAACCCAAGUAAAUACGUCGAAGGGGCCACUAGCCAAGAUUCAGCUGCACCUGCAAAAGGCAAAGAGAGAGACCAAAAUGACAUCGGGACCCCUGUAACCAAGAUUGAACUUCUGCCAUCCUACUCCACUGUGACACUGAUAGAGGAGCCCACAGAGGUGGAAGACCCCUGGGACCUGCCUGCGCUUCGGAAUGCGGGGAUCAAGUGGUCAGAGAGAGACACCAAAGGGAAGAUUCUCUGUGUCUUCCAAGGGAUUGGGAAAUUCAUCUUGCUUCUGGGAUUUCUCUACCUGUUUGUGUGCUCCUUGGAUGUCCUCAGCAGUGCCUUCCAGCUGGUUGGAGGAAAGGUGGCCGGGCAGUUCUUCAGCAACAACUCUAUCAUGUCCAACCCCGUGGCAGGGCUAGUGAUCGGGGUGCUGGUGACCGUCCUGGUGCAGAGCUCCAGCACCUCCUCAUCCAUCAUCGUCAGCAUGGUGGCCUCCUCACUGCUGACCGUGCGGGCUGCCGUCCCCAUUAUCAUGGGGGCCAACAUUGGGACCUCAAUCACCAACACCAUCGUGGCACUCAUGCAGGCAGGAGACCGGAAUGAGUUCAGAAGGGCUUUUGCGGGGGCCACCGUCCACGACUUCUUCAACUGGCUCUCCGUGUUGGUGCUCUUGCCCCUGGAAGCUGCCACCCAUUAUCUGGAGAUCCUGACCGACGUGGUGGUGAAGAGCUUCAACUUCAAGAAUGGAGAAGAUGCCCCAGCACUUCUGAAAGUUAUCACAGAUCCUUUCACAAAGCUCAUUGUCCAGCUGGAUAAAAACGUUAUCAACCAAAUUGCGCUGAAUGAUGAAACAGCCAAAAACAAGAGUCUGAUCAAGAUUUGGUGCAAAACUUUGACCAACGUGACUCAGAUGAAUGUCACCGUCCCCUCGCCUGAGAACUGCACCUCCCCUUCCCUCUGUUGGACGGAUGGCGGCUCCACCUGGACCAUCAAGAACGCAACCCACCAGCAGAACAUUGCCAAAUGCCAGCACAUGUUUGUGAAUUCCAACCUUCCGGAUCUUGCUGUUGGCAUCAUCCUGCUGAUACUCUCCCUGCUUGUCCUCUGUGGCUGCCUGAUCGUAAUUGUCAAGCUCCUGGGCUCCGUGCUCCAGGGGCAGGUGGCUGUUGUCAUCAAGAAGACCCUCAACACUGAUUUCCCCUUUCCCUUUGGCUGGGUGACUGGCUACCUGGCCAUCCUCGUGGGGGCGGGCAUGACCUUCAUCGUGCAGAGCAGCUCCGUGUUCACAUCUGCUCUGACCCCACUGAUUGGUAUCGGUGUGAUAAGCAUUGAGAGGGCGUAUCCGCUCACGCUGGGCUCCAACAUCGGCACCACCACCACCGCCAUUCUAGCCUCCUUAGCCAGCCCAGGCAGUACUUUGAGGAGCUCACUCCAGAUUGCCCUGUGCCACUUUUUCUUCAACGUCUCAGGCAUCUUGCUGUGGUACCCAAUCCCAUUCACCCGUCUGCCCAUCCGCCUGGCCAAGGGGCUGGGCAACAUCUCAGCUAAGUACCGCUGGUUUGCCAUCUUCUACCUGAUCUUCCUCUUCCUCCUGGUCCCGCUGGCAGUGUUUGGCCUCUCCCUGGCUGGCUGGCCGGUGCUGGUGGGCGUGGGGGUGCCCAUCGUCUUCAUACUCCUUCUGGUGGUGGUCCUCAGGCUCCUGCAGUCCCGCUGCCCACGCGUCCUGCCCAGGAAGCUCCAGAACUGGAACUUUCUGCCCUUGUGGAUGCACUCGCUGAAGCCCUGGGACCGCCUGAUCUCCCUGCUCACCGACUGCUGCCGGACGCGCUGCUGCUGCUGCUGCCGCGUCUGCUGCCGUGCCUGCUGCCUGAUGUGCGGCUGUCCUAAGUGCUGCCGCUGCAGCAAGUGCUGUGAGGACCUGGAGGAGGUGCAGGAUGUCCCCGUCAAGGGCCCCCAGGCCUUCGAUAACUUGGCCAUGAGCAAAGAGGCCCAGGAUGAGGUCCCCAAGUCCCAAGUGGUUGCCCUAGAAACAAAGACCACCUCCAGCGGCACAGCCUUAUAGGGGCUUCCCAGCGGUGGGAGGAGGGGCCCCAAGUCCCAUGUGCUCAUGCUCUCUUCUGGUUCUACAUGCUUUUGUCCACCCCAUGAGGAUUUGUCCCCCAUUGAGAAAUGGAGUCGACAUCAGUCCGGACUCUCAUUUCCCUUCACCCAGUGUAUCAGCCACGUAGUAGUUUCAUCUCAGCCCCUGUGCCCUGGGUCUUCCCCUCCCAGAAAACCACAGAACAACACUGAAAGAGAAUUAGACAAUGGAACCCAGCUAGAAGAGAUGAUCACACACACCCCUGCACACAGCUGGAUUCGUCAGUAGGACUUAUAUUCAGACUCAAACCAUCCUCUUCCAAAGGAAAAGCCCCAAGGGAGGAAUUUAUGGAAGGUUCUCAAAGCUGACAUACAUACAUAUAUGCUUUUCUUUAUUGUGAUAAAGCUCAGACAUCUCUUUUACCAAAGCCUGGCUUCAACCAAGAGCAGCUGCUCCCAGGCGUCCUUGCCCCAGACCAGCCCAGGUCAGGGGAAAUGAUGUAUUUGUUUGGAGAAGACCACAGGUGGGGAUCUUUCCCACUUCCCAGUGCUCCCCAAAUCCCCUGUCAGGGGUUUCUCACCUGGGCAGGUAUAACUGGCCCAGCAGUUUCCCCUCUGUGUCCUCAAGUUUCCAGGAUGGGAGCCACAUCUGAGCUACAGAGAAAGGUUCAGGACACGCUUUGGCUCACCUCUCGCUCCAUCUUCCUAAGAGAGUGGUCCUGUUCCUGAUCUGGGCAAUGAGGAUGAGAGCUAAGUAAUGGCGAGCGUGUGAGGGAGAUGGUUUAUCUACCCAAAGGGCCUCGAGUUCUUCUUAAGUUGUCUGAUUUAGAAGCCAAAUUGCCAUUGUGGGUAAAGCCUAGUGCCGCUCUCUUGGUCAGAUAGAAAGCAGCCCUGUUGAGUCUUCUGGAAUAAGAUAUGCAGGUUCCCUAAGUCCUCUCCACUGCUGCCGCCUGAAUCCCAGGAAGCGCCUGAUUGUGGAACAGCUCUACGUUUCUCUCUGUCUCUAGCCUCCCUGUGCGCGAUGACUGUCUGAGUCAGCUUUUGGUGGUCAGCUUCCAUCCAGCCAUCCACCCAGCCAUCCAAGCCAGAACCUCUUUCCACACGUUCUCCCAUAUUACCGUAGAUAGACGAACUUUGAUUUCCUUCCCCCUUUCUGUGCCUGCAAAGCUCAAAACUUUUCUCUGAGGGCGAAAAGCGAGGUGUGCUGGACUGCCCACAGAACUGUGGUCAUCAUGUAGCAGUGGAGGUCUGUGUGUGUCUGUGAGUCCAAGGGACAUGCUCCCUCUUGCCCCAGAUGCCUUCUCUGUGCCUUCUCGAGCCUUUUGUUGUAUUUACACCUCCUCCCUCCACUGCUCCUCACCCUAAGCAAUUCCAGUCCUCCCCAGAGACCGAUCUUCGACCGAGUCUGGGAAAGGGAGGUUGGUGUAGCCACACUCUAGACCCUACCCUCCCCCAUUUUAGCUUAUAAGUCAUCCUAACAGGUUGGGGAACCAAACUGAGCCCUCCCCGAACCUUCCCCCGUGUAAAUACUGUUUCCCAAACAGAGCCAUUUAUACUCUAUAUUUAUGGUUGCACACUUGUACAGCAUUUUUCGUAAGUUAUACAGUAAAUAGUGUGAUUUGUGUUUUAUAGUGCUCUCAUUUGGAAAUGAGGCUGGGUUCUACUAUGAAACAAUAAAGAAAGACUGCCUUUGUAUAUUUUGUAAUACCACCUUUUUAGCAUGUCUCUGUAGCCAUGCCCUUGCCACACACCCUGUAAAUAUGUAAGUUAAACCUGGGUGGGGCUGUGGCCCUCUUUGCACUCUGAUUUUUAAAAAUUGAAUCUUUGUAUCUGUGUUUACUGUAUUUUUUUUACUGGUUGUGAGAAGGGAGAAAUAAAAAAUAAUCAA